AAAUCUGGUUUCACUGGGGCUUGCAGUUUCCAAACCAGACAUGAUAACUCAUUUAGAGAAUGGGAAAGGACCAUGGGCAGUGGUGAGAGAAAUUUCAAGAACUCCCUAUCCAGGUUCUUAACUCCUUGAGAAUAUGAACAAGGAACCAGUUGAGAAUCAAAAUAUAGAAUUCAUUUAUUUAAUCAGUGUUUAUGAUACAUCUAUAUGCUGUGAACUAGGUUAAAUACUAGGACAAUAGCAGUGAAUAAGAUGUAAUAGGUCCCUACCCUUAUGGCAAUUGAAUUUCAACAAAUAAAAACAAGUUAAUUAGUGGUGGAGUACCUGUUAGCUACAAGAUAAAUGAGGAGAUAUGGGAUAGUAACCUGGACAGGGAUGAGGGUGCCUGCUUUGGAUAGGGUAGUCAGGGGAGGCCUCUGAGGAUGUGGCAUUUAACAUGAGACCUGAAGGAUAAGAAGAAGCUAGCCAGGGGAAGAGAAGAGAAUAAUUCCAGGAAAAAAAAUCAGCAGUGCAGAGGACCUGAUAUGGAAAAGAACAUAAUAUGUUCUGGAAAUCAAAAGGAAGUCUCUGAGACUGUAGCAUAAGUGAAGGGGGACUGUUACAAAAUGAGAUUAGAGGUAGGGUCAGGAGGCAGUCUGCAGGGCAUGGCAGAUAAUGGUAAGGAGUUUGGAUGUUAACCUAAGGGAGCUGAGUGCAAAAAUAUGAAAAGAGUUUUUAAAAUAUUUGCUUUUUAGAUGUCGGUGGACACAAUAACCUUUAUUUUAUUUUUAAUUGGUGCUGAAGAUUGAACCCAGUGCCUGAGGCAUGCUAGGUGAGCACUGUACCGCUGAUUCACAAUUCCAGUGCCUUGAAAAGAUUUUAAUUAAGAAUUUUUAAGAAACUAAUGCUGUUAAUGAAGAUUUAACUUAAGGUCAUAAAGCUGCCAGAAAGUUAAGAGGUUGUAACAACAGUCUAGACAAGAGAAGACAGUAGUACCUUUAUUACAGUGAUGGCAGUGGACAUGGAAAAAAUUAAAUGGAAAUUAGUUUGAGUAUUCAUUUUAUUAUAACUCACAUAUAUUCUGAAUUAAAUAAUACUAUUUAUAUUUAAAUGAGUCAGUAAAAGUGGAGAUAGAUGAGUAUCUAAAGGAGAUUAUUUUUUUCCUUAUGAAGAGGAAGAGAACAAUGAUGCAACAGUUAGAGGAAAAUAUAGAAUGAAGAACAGCAUUUUUGUUGUAUUUUUUGGGAUGGAAGUUUCCACAAAAUGGUUCAGUGUUCAUAGAAAUGCCUCAAUCACUGAAGGAUUGAAGGGUUUGAGAAGGUUUAAGUGGAUAAAGUCUAGACUGAAAAGGAGGGAUUGUCAAGGAGAUCAACUCCUGUCUUGUAACACUGAGAAAGAUGGAGAAGAUGGGCACAGAUGUUGGUCAACUGGUGGUGGGAAGGUUAAAGCUUUCUGUUAUUAGGGCUUCCAUAUUCUCUAUAAUAUGAGGCAAGGUUAAGAGCUUAUAGUAAAGAAAGCAAGAGUUGAGAGUUUUUAUUUUUUAUGGAAUAUAGAAUUCACAGAAUUCAUCUGAGCCUGAGAAAGGUAUUUAAUUACAACUUCUAUUAAUCUUUAAUACUUACCAGAACUAUUCCUAUUCCCUAUUUCUUUUGUUUUAGUUUAGAAAAUUAUGUUUAUCUAGAAAUUGGUCCACUUAAUCUAAAGUUUUAAUUUCUUGGUGUUAAUCUCCGUCCUCUGAUUAUCUUUUAAACAUCUCUAUAGAUCUGAAGUAACAUCCCCCUUUUCAUUCCUGAUAAUAAUUUUUGGGUGUUCUUCUAUCUUUAAUCUAUCAGUCUUUCCAGGGUUUAUUAGUAUUAUGUGGCUUUAAAAAACCAUUCUUAUUUUCCUUCUUCUGUGUUUGAUCUCUGUUUCAUUACUUUCUGUUCUUUGUUAUUUCAUUACUUUUAUCUCCUUAAGGUUUAAUUUAUGGAUUUUUGCUAAUUCUUGAAUGGGAUACUUACAUCAUUGAUUCUAGCCAUUUUUUUUCUAAUGAUGUAUUUAGGUUUAUAAGGACUAUAUGACACAUUUUUAUAUAUAACAUCUUCAUAUUAUUGAGUUCGAAGUAUUUGGUGAGUUCUGUUGUGAUAUCUUUGACCCUUGGGUUAUUUUAAAUUGUUUUUUUAAAAUUUAUGCUGAGGAUUUUCUAAAGAUAAUCUUUGUUAUCUUUAAUUCUACUAUGAUCAGAGGAUAUCCUCUCUUAUGAUUUGAAUCUGUAAAAACAAGUUGUAAGACUACUUCCUAAAGAAUUAUUAAAAUGAAUUUUUGACAAACCAUUAGAAAUGUUCUUAGAACCCAUAAUAAAUUUGUGAAUGUUAUCCUUGGUUGAAUAAUAAUUUUCACUGUUUGAAACAUCAAUAACUAUAAAUACUAAUUUUGACUAAUUUUUUUUCAACUUUUGGUAAAUUAGUAUCUUCUUCCAUUAAUUUCUAUUAAAAAGUAUGUACUAAGACUUAAAACACUUUGCCAGGGAAAUUUGAGAAAAAACCCUCAUAACAAAAACAAUAAUGAGAACAAAUCAAAUGGGUGGUUGGGGAGAGAUGUGUGAUUUUUGGAGCAAAUGAGAAGCAAGGAAAGAGAAUGCUCUUUAAAGAAAUUGGCUCUAACCGGAAGGCAGAAAGGGAGAAGUAUUUGAGAGACUUAGAAUCUAAGGAGGGUUUUGAGUGAUUUUUUAAUAGAAAAAAAUGUCAUUGAAUUUGUGAGUCUUUGAUUCUUUGUACAAAUAUCCUCCCUUAACCAUACUUUUAUCUUCCUAGAAAAUAAGGUCAAUUGGAAAGCAGUUAAAACCAUAUAUUAAUUAUAAGCCCCUUUCACUUUUAUUAUCAUGUUUGGUGAAUUUUCCAUAAACUUAAGAAAUAGGAAGUUAUUUGUUUCUUCUCUUUUUUCCUCUGGACAUGGAAAUCAAACAUGCAGACAAGAAUGUUAUACUUACAGAGGAUAUUUUUGAAGAAGAUUUAUUACAGGAAACUGUUGUAGAGAAACUCACAGAGAAUGGUCUGUGGGAUUCCACAAAGGAAGGAUUAUGGAAAUGGAAUGACAAAAUAUUGAAAUUGCAAAAUAGUGAGAAGAGUCAUCUGAGUCAAAGAAGAGUAACACACAAGAAAAUUUCCACUGAUCAAAGAGGCUUUAGAUUUGGGUCUGUUCUUUUUCUAGAACCAGGAAUUAUCACAGAAGAGCCCCAUGGCAAAUGUAAAAUACAUGAGGAAAACUUCACAGAGAAUUUAGAUUUGAUUACAGAUACUCAUUUGGGAAAGAUAAUUUGCAAGGAUAUGAAAGGCAACAAAACUAUAAACCAGACUUCAGAAUUUAGUUUAGGGGAAAAAUCCAGUAAUAAAGAAAAACCAUAUAAAUGUAGUACAUGUGAAAAGGCCUUUCGGUAUAGAUCAUUACUCAUUCAGCAUCAGAGAAUUCACACUAAAGAAAAACCUUAUGAAUGUAAUGAAUGUGGGAAAGCGUUCAGCCAGCCUUCAUAUCUUAGUCAACAUAAAAAAAUUCACACUGGAGAAAAACCCUAUAAAUGUAAUGAAUGUGGAAAAGCUUUUAUUGCUUCAUCUUCACUUAUGGUACAUCAAAGAAUUCAUACCAAGGAGAAACCUUAUCAAUGCAAUGUCUGUGGAAAAUCCUUUAGCCAGUGUGCCCGCCUUAAUCAGCAUCAGAGAAUUCAAACUGGAGAGAAGCCCUAUAAAUGCAGUGAAUGUGGGAAAGCAUUUAGUGACAAAUCAAAACUUGCAAGACAUCAGGAAACUCAUAAUGGGGAAAAACCCUACAAAUGUAAUGAUUGUGGGAAAGCUUUUAGGAAUAAGUCAUAUCUUAGUGUACACCAGAAGACCCAUACUGAGGAGAAACCUUACAAAUGCAAUGAGUGUGGGAAAUCUUUUAAAAAUACCACAAUUUUUAAUGUUCAUCAGCGAAUUCAUACUGGAGAGAAACCCUUUAGAUGUAAUGAAUGUGGGAAAGCCUAUAGAAGUAAUUCAAGCCUUAUUGUACAUAUCAGAACUCAUACAGGGGAAAAACCCUAUGAAUGUAAUGAAUGUGGGAAAGCAUUCAACCGCAUAGCAAAUUUCACAGAACAUCAGAGAAUUCAUACAGGAGAGAAACCCUAUAAAUGUAAUGAAUGUGGAAAAGCAUUUAUUAAUUAUUCAUGCCUUACUGUACAUCACCGGAUGCAUACAGGAGAGAAACCUUAUAAGUGUGAUGAAUGUGGAAAGGCCUUCAUGCGUUCUUCAUCUUUAAUUAUACAUCAGCGUAUUCAUACUGAAGAGAAACCUUAUCUAUGUAAUGAAUGUGGGGAAUCCUUCAGAAUAAAAUCACACUUAACUGUACAUCAGAGGAUCCAUACUGGGGAGAAACCAUAUAAAUGUACUGACUGUGACAGAGCAUUCACCAAAAUGGUAAAUCUCAAGGAGCAUCAGAAAAUUCAUACAGGAGUGAAACCCUAUAAAUGUUAUGAUUGUGGAAAGUCCUUCAGGACAAAAUCAUACCUUAUUGUGCAUCAAAGGACACAUACCGGAGAAAAACCAUAUAAAUGUAAUGAAUGUGAGAAAGCUUUCACUAAUACAUCACAGCUUACUGUGCAUCAAAGAAGGCACACUGGAGAGAAACCCUAUAAAUGUAAUGAAUGUGGGAAGGUUUUCACAAGUAACUCAGGCUUUAACACUCAUCAGCGAACACAUACUGGAGAGAAACCAUUCAAAUGCAAUGGUUGUGGAAAAGCAUUUAGCCAGAUGGUGCAUGUCACAGAGCAUCAGAAAAUCCAUAGUGGAGAAAAGCCCUAUAAAUGUGAUGUCUGUGGGAAAGCCUUCAGGAGAGGUUCAUACCUCACAGUGCACUGGAGAACACAUACUGGUGAAAAGCCCUAUACUUGUAAGGAAUGUGGUAAAGGUUGUAUUACUCUAUCACAGCUAACUCUACAUCAGAGAAUUCAUACUGGAGAAAGGCCUUAUAAAUGUGAAGAAUGUGGAAAAGCCUUCAGAACUAACUCAGAUUUCACUGUACAUCUGAGAAUGCAUACUGGAGAAAAACCCUAUAAAUGUAAUGAAUGUGGAAAAGCCUUCAGGAGUAGUUCAAGCCUUACUGUACAUCAAAGAAUUCAUCAGAGAGAAACUCAGUUAAUUUAGAGAACAAUAAAUUGUUGAUCCAGAUGUCAGCUCCAUAAUAAGAAUCUUAUAAACUAUAUUUUAUGAAUGUAGAAAAAUCUUCAAUAGAAAUUCAUGGAAAAUAUACUCUGAAGAGACACUCUAAAUAUAAUGAAUGUGGAAAAAGCAUUUAGUCAUAUUAAAUCUUAGAAGUUAAAAGAAAUUCACACUAGAAAAAAACAGUGGACAAAUGAAAACCUUCAUGCAGAUUUCAUACUUUUUUAUAUAUAUUUGUCUAUUUUAUGGAUUUGUCUGCUUUUAUUAUAACAUAGAGGUGCUUUUAUAUGCAUUUGAUAUUAAUUUCUUGCCAUGGGUGUACAAAUGUUUUUUUUUCAAUUUACCAAUUAUACUUUUCUACAUAGGAAAGAUACAGCAUUUUAAUUUUUAUAGUAAAAAUAUAUCUUUUUAAGUUCUCAAUUUACUUUUUUAAUUAAAAGGGGUAUCCUUAAUCCCUGCUUUGUACAUAAUCUUCUAAAUUUGUUUCCAGGAUUUUGACAUUUUUUUAACUUAACAUUUAAUCUAGAUGAAUUAAACAUCUGGAUUGAAAGACAAUCCCAAAAGGCCAUUAACCUAUAGAAAAAUUUAAUCCUAACUAGCACUCAGGGAGAUGCAUAUUUAAGCCACAUUGGGACGAAACUUCCACUUCAUGGAUUUGACAAAAUUUAACCUUUUCUUAGCUAGUGGGGUUAUAUUUCCACCAGUAAUACAGCAAUAUAUAUUAUUGAAAAUUCCCUUUGACUCAGCAUUCUCACUUUUGGGACUCUGACUCAGAGACUAAUGCAGCUACAGUGCAUAAGAACACAAAUAAAGAUGUUUGUUGAAGUAUUAUUUUAGAAGGUGAAAAAGAAGCCUCAACUAGAAGCAUACUGCCAAUUAAUAGGGAGAUGGUUGGACAUAUGUGACAUAUAUAUAUAUUUUGUAACAGUAUGAGAAUAAUUUUUAAAAUGUGUUAUAUGAACUGCAAGAUUUUUCACAAUGUUUAGUUUAAAUAAUUGCUUUGCAACAGAUGUAUAUAUAGAAGACUUCAUUUACAUUGAAGUAAUGUCUACAUGUAUUGUAUAAUGAUGUGUGUGUUUAUAUGUGCAUAAAGAAUAAAAACCAGAUUGUCAAUGUUGGUAACCUUGAAAGGAGGGAGAAAAGGAGAAGCGGGAAUAGGGACAUGGAGAAAAAAAUAGAAAAUUUAAAUGUAGCAUGUAUGAUAUAAAACUAUCUGUGUAACAUGACAUAUUUAUGUGACCACCAGAAAGUGAAUGAAGAGAUGGUUUCCAAAAAGUUAAUGAGAAUUGCUCUAGAGUUGGUAGACUAUCAGGUGUCAUUUGUUUGCAAUUUUUUAUUUGAUUUUCUAUAAUUUUCUUUGCAGUGAACAUGUAAUAUCUAUAUAAAAAGGAAAAACCUUUUUUUUCUUGUGAAAUUGAUUAAUUGGACCCUUAAAUAUAUGCCAGGAACUACUUUAGUUGUGAGGGAAACCUGUAGGAGAGGGGGGGCUUAAGGAUCUGAGGGUGUGGGGAUGGGCUCUGAAGUCAAAUACAUUCUGAAGAACUUAGUCAGCACCUCAUUCCUCCCACCCUCUCAGUUUCAUUUUGAGGUUGUAAUCAAAAGUCCAGAUAAAAAGUAUGUCUCAAAAACAUCUGAAACUUGUUUCUAGAUUGUGCAUCUGAAGACCACAACCUCAGAAAGUUGUUCUACAGAAAGUAGUUUCACUUUCAAUGUGGCACCAAACAAAAGGUCAUAAUGGCAAAAGGAGUAUGUUGGAAGGUGGGCCUGUGUGCAAUUUCAAAACCUUGUAUGAUGGAGGAAACAGCCACAAGCUUCCAAGUCCAUGAAUGAGUGCUUGGAAGUUCUGUGAAUAGUAGGAAAGGUCUGUAGUCAAAAUGAGAACCCAAAGGCUUUACCCCUAAUACGAAAAGCUCUUAACAAAACAUGAACCAUUAUAUCCAGAAAGAUCAGGACAUUAUGAACUAUACUUCAUUAAUAGUAAAGAUCAAAUACCUCCUCCCACAGUGGAUAAGUAUGCAUUUAAUUUGGAAAAGGCUUAUUUAAUAAGUGAUAUCACUGUCUCCCAUUAUAAAUGAAUAAUUUCAUUUUGUGUUUAAAAGUGCCCUUUUAGAUUGAGCUUUAAUAGUGAAAUCUAUUAACAUUUACUAAGAGGCUUACCUCUUUUAAGUAUAGUUAAUGUACUUGGAUAUAGCUAGUUUCUCAUUGAGAAGUUUGAGUUUCAAACCCUGAAAUAACUACUUGUAAUCCCCUCUGUUAGGCAGUUGAUGCAGCCUGAUGCUAACUCAGUUGGUUUGUUCCUUUCUGCCUUGUAAUCCUCACCAAACCUAAGCCCUACCUUCCAACCCUGACUUGGAGAAAGCCUUUCACCAAGAGAAGCAUAGUCAGCACAUUAAAAUGUCAUAAGGACUGAAGAGUGUCCUUUGGGUAAGGGGAUAGGGAUGAUAUAGUCAUUUCCAUGACUUAGCAGUUUUAGUGGAGUGGUAAGGAGCCAAAGCUUAUGUGCUAGUUCCUUUUUCUUCCCAUAAUGAAAUGCCUGAGAGAACUUACAAAAAGAAAAGGUUUUUUUUUUUUUUUUGUCUCAUAGAUUUGAAGGUUCCAGUCUAUGAUUGAUGGGCCCUGCUGCUUUGGGCCUGGGACCAGGGAGCAUAGCAUUAAGUGGAGCAAACUUGUUUGUAUCAUGAGCUAGGAGAAGGAGAGGAAGAGGCCCUGGUCCUGUAGGCGCUUUCAAGGGUACUCCUUUACUAAUCUAGGGAUCUCCUACCAAGACCCCAGUAGCGAAAGCCUGAGUACCAAACCUUUAACAUAUUGCCCUAUGGGGGAAUAUUCAAGAUCCAAACUAUAACAUCCUGGUUCUAGUGUAUACUAGUAUCUCAUUAUAGGUCUAAUUUACAUAUCUUCAGUCACUAAUAAUGUUGAGCCUUUUAGGCUCUUAUUGGUUUUAUAAAUGCCCUCUUUAACCCAAGUAACUAUGACUUCCUUUUCAUUUGUAGGAUACUUUAUUCUGGAUGCAAGGUAUCUUUUAGAUAUUUGUGUUACAAAUAGCAUCUCCCCACACAGCUUGCUUUUCACUCUCUUAAUGAUAUUCUUUGAAAGAAUAGAAGUUUUUAUUUUGAUUACGAGUAAUUUUUCUUUUUUUUAAAUUGUAAGUGCUCUUUUAUGCCCAGUUUGAGAAAUCUUGUCCUAGCUUGUCCUACAUUUUCUUCACAUAUCUACUAUUUUACUUUUCACUUUAAUAUUUGUGAUCCAUAAUAAAUAAUUUUUAUGUACAUGUGAGUUGAAAACAAAUUGACAUUUUUAUAUAUAAAUAUAAAAUUUGUUUAACAUCAUUUUCAUUGAAAACACAUCUUUCCUUCUUCACUUGAGUUGUAGUGGAACAUGUAUGAUAAACCAUCAUAUAUUUGAUGGUCUUCUAAGCUAUCCUGUUCCAGUGUUUUAUUUUGUUUAGCAUUGUACCAAUAUAAAUUCUUAAUGAAAACUGGUAGUAUAUGUUUUCUGAUUUUUUCUUCUUGUUCAAAAUAAUGACUACUAUUCUAGGUCAUUGGCAUUUUCAUAAUCAAUUUAUGAAUUAUUUUUAAACAAAUCAUCCCACCAACAACAACCUGGGAUUUUAAUUAGUAUUGUAUAAGUAACAAUUUUGACACUUUCAUCUUAUGGGCAUGCUUAAAUUUCAUUUAUUGUAGAUAUUUUACUAUCAUUAAUUUUUUUGUUAUGUAGAAUGUUUUCAUUUUUUUCAGUUUCAGAAGUUUUGCUAUAUUUUCAGUUGUAGAUUUUUUGGGUCAGUUGGAAUUGAUGUUUUUGAUAUUUUAAAUGCUAUUUUUAAAAUUUCAUUUUUGAUUGUUGCUGCAAUAUACAUAACAAAUAUAUUCUGCGUGUAUGUGUAUAUAUGUACAUGUUUUUAAAAAGGCAGCUGUAUAACCAGUUACCUUGCUAAAUUAAUUUCUUAAUUAUAAUAGUUUGUUCACUCUUUUGGACUUUCUAUGUUUCAGUUUUUACAUUAUCACAGGUAUCAUAUGUAUACAUAGAAAAAAAGCUUAAUCCUUUAUAAUCUUUAUACCAUUUUUUUAUUGUACUGGCUAGUAUGUAGGAUCUCCAGAAGUAGAAAGAGUAGAUAGACAUCUUUGCCUUUUUCUCCAAAUCUAAAGAAAAACUAAAUAUUUUUUCAUCAGUGUGAUAUGAGGUAAAUUUUAGAUAAUGUCUAUUAUAUUAAGGAAGUGUCUUUAAAUCCUAGUUUUCUGAGGUUUAUUAUCAUGGACAGAUGUUGAAUUUCAUUAAAUGCUGUUUUGUAACUCUGGGAAUGAUUCUUCUCUUCUGUUAAUGUGAUUGAAUUACAUGAAUUUGAUUUUUUUAUUUCCUUAAAUUGUAGUGAGAUGCAAUAACAUUAAAAUUUGAUACCUUAACCAUUAA